UACGCGGCUGCGGCCCGGGCUGCGGCGAUGCUGUGGCCGCGGCUGGCGGCGGCCGAGUGGGCGGCGCUGGCCUGGGAGCUGCUGGGCGCCUCGGUGCUGCUGAUCGCUGUGCGGUGGCUGGUGCGGCGGCUGGGCCCGCGGCCUGGGGGUCUCGGCCGCAGUGGGACCCCAGUCCCUCCGCCGCCCGCGGCCGCCGCCCCCGCCCCAGGUGAAAUGACAAUGGAUGCUGUGUUGGCUCGAUUGAAACUUCUGAACCCAGAUGACCUUAGAGAAGAAAUCGUCAAAGCUGGAUUGAAAUGUGGACCCAUUACGUCAACUACAAGGUUCAUUUUUGAGAAAAAAUUGGCUCAGGCUUUACUGGAGCAAGGAGGAAGUCUGCCUUCUUUCGACCACCAUGAGGCAGGUGCCACAGCUCUCAGCCAAGACACACAAAGGAUUUUGAAGUCAGCUGAAGGGAACCCAACUGAUCAGGCUGGUUUUUCUGAAGACAGAGAUUUUGGUUAUAGUGUGGGCCUGAAUCCUCCAGAAGAGGAAGCUGUGACAUCUAAGACCUGCUCAGUGCCCCCCAGUGCCGUUGACACCUACGGAACUGGAGUGACUGCGUCUAAGGAACCGCCCUUGUACUAUGGGGUGUGUCCAGUAUAUGAGGACGUCCCAGCGAGAAAUGAAAGGAUCCAUGUUUAUGAAAAUAAAAAAGAAGCAUUGCAAGCUGUCAAGAUGAUCAAAGGGUCCCGAUUUAAAGCUUUUUCUACCAGGGAAGACGCUGAGAAAUUUGCUAGAGGAAUUUGUGAUUAUUUCCCUUCUCCAAGCAGAACGUCCUUACCACUUUCUCCUGUGAAAACAGCGCCGCUCUUUAGCAAUGACGGGUUGAAAGAUGGUUUGUGCUUGUCUGAAUCAGAAACAGUCAACAAAGAGCGAGCAAACAGCUAUAAAAAUCCCCGCACGCAGGACCUCACUGCCAAGCUUCGGAAAGCUGUGGAGAAGGGAGAGGAAGACACCUUUUCUGACCUCAUCUGGAGCAACCCCCGGUAUCUGAUUGGCUCAGGGGACAACCCAACUAUUGUGCAGGAGGGGUGCAGGUACAACGUGAUGCAUGUUGCUGCCAAAGAGAACCAGGCUUCCAUCUGCCAGCUGACUCUGGAUGUCCUGGAGAACCCCGACUUCAUGAGGCUGAUGUACCCCGAUGACGAUGAGGCCAUGCUGCAGAAGCGCAUCCGCUACGUGGUUGACCUGUAUCUGAACACCCCCGACAAGAUGGGCUAUGACACACCGUUGCAUUUUGCUUGUAAGUUUGGAAGUGCAGAUGUAGUCAACGUGCUUUCGUCACACCAUUUGAUUGUAAAAAACCCAAGGAAUAAAUAUGAUAAAACACCUGAAGAUGUGAUUUGUGAAAGAAGCAAAAAUAAAUCUGUGGAACUGAAGGAGCGGAUCAGAGAGUAUUUAAAGGGUCACUACUACGUGCCUCUCCUGAGAGCAGAAGACACUUCUUCUCCAGUCAUUGGGGAGCUGUGGUCCCCAGACCAGACGGCUGAGGCCUCUCACGUCAGCCGCCAUGGAGGCAGCCCCAGAGACCCAGUGCUGACCCUGAGAGCCUUCGCGGGGCCCCUGAGUCCGGCCAAGGCAGAAGAUUUUCGCAAACUCUGGAAAACUCCACCUCGAGAGAAAGCAGGCUUCCUUCACCACGUCAAGAAAUCAGACCCAGAAAGAGGCUUUGAGAGAGUGGGAAGAGAGCUAGCUCAUGAGCUGGGGUAUCCCUGGGUUGAAUACUGGGAAUUUCUGGGCUGUUUUGUUGAUCUGUCUUCCCAGGAAGGCCUGCAAAGACUAGAAGAAUAUCUUACACAGCAGGAAACAGGCAAAAAGGCUCAACAAGAAACAGGAGAAAGGGAAGCCUCCUGCCGAGAUAAAGCCACCAUGUCUGGCAGCAACUCCAUUUCCGUGAGGGCAUUUCUAGAUGAAGAUGACAUGAGCUUGGAAGAAAUAAAAAAUCGGCAAAAUGCAGCUCGAAAUAACAGCCCGCCUACAGUUGGUGCUUUUGGAUACGCGAGGUGCAGCAUCUUCCCCUUGGAGCAGGAGGCAGACCUCAUAGAAGCCGCCGAGCCAGGCGGUCCACACAGCAGCAGAAAUGGGCUCUGCCAUCCUCUGAGUCACAGCAGGACCCUGGUGGACAAGAGACCAAAGGCGCCCCGUGGGGAGGAAGCCCAUCUGCCACCUGUCUCCGAUUUGACUGUUGAGUUUGAUAAACUGAAUUUGCAAAAUGUAGGAAGUAGCGUUUCUAAGACACCAGAUGAAAAUACGAAAACUAAAGAUAAGAUCCUGACUUCAAGAAUCGAUGCAGUAGAAAGAGACUUGUUAGAGCCUCCUCCUCCCGCAGACCAGCUCGGGACGGGCCGCAGGACGGAAAGUGAAAUGUCAGCCAGGAUCGCUAAAAUGUCCUUGAGUCCCAGCAGCCCCGGGCACGAGGGUCAGCUGGAGGUCACGAGGGAACCGGCCAGGCGGCUUUUCCUUUUUGGAGAGGAGCCGUCAAAACUCGAUCAGGAUGUUUUGGCUGCUCUUGAGUGUGCAGAUGUCGACCCCCAUCGGUUCCCGGCCGUGCACAGAUGGAAGACUGCUGUCCUGUGCUACUCACCCUCGGACAGACAGAGUUGGCCCAGUCCCGCGGUGAAAGGAAAGUUCAAGUCUCGGCUGCCAGAUCUCAGUGGCCCUCACAGCCACAGUCCGGGGAGAAACGGUGCAGCUGGGAGCAACCCCGCAAGGCCGGGCCCCGGCAGUCCUGGGCGCUACAGCCCCGCACACGGGAACCAGCUCCGCAGGAUGGCGCGCCUGGCUGAGCUUGCCGCCCUGUAGGCUUAGUGCUGGGCUCUCGGUUGGUUCUUCAGUUUUUAAGAAGGAAGGGUCAUAUGUUUGUUGCUAAACUGUCACAAAGGAAUAUAUUCUGAUUAAAUUAUUAUUAAUCCUCACUUUGAGGGUGUGAGAAUUUUAGAAGAUUUAAAUGUUUUAUAUAAAACUUAGAUUUCUGAUAUUUUGGAAGUUAGAAGUUAAUGAAAGCAAACUCAGAUACCAACUUUCUGGAAAAUGUCCAUGUGGUGGUGGUGGACUUUUUAGGUGGCAGUUUCUAGGUCUGAAAUGUGGCAGAGGAAAGGGUGCUGAGGCAGUUGCAGGCAGGCAGCCAGGUACUCACUACAGCACCCAACAAAUGCUGUGGACAAGGAGGACUUGGCGGAGGCGUGAGCACUGAUGUCCCCGCACUGCCUGCGCUCACCAAGAUGAACUGUUUGCCGGUGGAGGCGUGAGCACCGAUGUCCCCGCACUGCCUGCGCUCACCAAGAUGAACUGUUUGCCGCCUUGUCUUUUCCUGGGCUGGGGCAGGGGGUGGCAUGAUGCUGGCAGAGUCCCUGUUGGUUCGCCCGUGGGUCUCAUGGUUCAGACAGAGUGAGGUGGACGGCUGGGAUCAGGGAGCCCGGAGUGCGCCUCAGACUCGCAGCAACCGUUAUAAUUUGGGUUGUUCGGAAUAUUUAAAUUACUGAUCGGAAGAUAAAAAUAGCUUUUCUCUGUGGGAAGUCUUGCAGCCCGUAGGAGCGGUGCCAGGAGCCAUGCAGAGCUCAGCAGCAGUGGAGCCAAGGUGUUCCCUGUCUCCUCAGCACGCGAGCCUUCACUGCCUACUUCGUUCAGGUGCCAGUGUAGUAGUAAUACAAUCUGUAAAUUGUUCUGUUCUGAAGUUUAUUCUGAGGCUUUUUUGAGCAUAAAUGAUUAUACGAUAAAGUUAUCCUUUAUUUUGGAACUCAUUUCAGUGGGGAUCUCCUUUAUAAAGAGUGUUGCGUUCAGAGGUUUAAGUCCCAUUUGGGUUCCUUGCCGUGUUGAUUGUAGCCUUCACCUUGGCUUGAAUGAAGGUCUGUGGUCAGAAUGUGUGAGGAGCUGCCUAGGUGCUCAGGAGGUACUAACUGGAGGUCGGUUUCUUCCUGGGUGUUACGGGCACCUGCUCACACAGUUGUUACUCUGUGAACAUUUCCAGUGUUUCAUCCAAAAUGAAAACCCACCAGUGCUUCUGCUAACUUCAGUGCCUUUUAUAAAAAUCACUUUUAAAUUUCCUGAACUUGCUUUUUGAGAAUAUAGUGAUAGUAAGUAGAUACAAGAUUGUUUUCGUUUGUAAAAAUUCUGAAUUGAAACCUUGUUUAAAAAAAAAAAAGGCUUAUUUCUUUCAUAUGACGAGAUAGGUGAGGAAUACUGGAAUCAAGAUUUAAAUGUUAAAAUCUGAUUUUGUUACACAGGGUGUCUUCAUUUGUUUUGUAGCAGACAAGACCUAGGCACCAGACAACACAUGCUCUUCUAAGCAGCAGCAUUUUAAAAGGCAUCUUGGUUCUCAAAAGAAAUCAGAAUAUGGAUAUUCAUAGUAAUGAUCUGUUUUCUCUAAAAUCUUACCAUAUUGUCUGUAUAUGGUUGUAAAUUCAAAUAGAAAGUAAAAGGUUUUGGCCCUG